AUGACAGAGAUUUCCGUGACUCCGAGAAGAUGGCUUGUCCUCCUUGUUUUUGCCUUUUUCAGCUUUACAAAUGCGGUAGCUUGGAUUCAGUACACGAUUAUUCCUCAUAUUUUCAUCGAAUACUACCAGACCUCUGAAAUGUUUAUAUCUUGGACGGCACUUUCUUUCAGCUCCAACAUGGUCUUGUUUAUGGUUCCUUGUUUGCUCUUUCUUGAAACAACGACUCUUCGAAGAUUUGUGCUCGUCGGCUCUUUUAUCAAUUUGCUCGGAAAUGUGAUCAAAUGCUGCGCUGUUCAGCCCGAUUUAUGGUGGCUUUCCUUCACUGGCCAAUUCAUCGUCGCCUGCACAAUGCCAUUUCUCCUUGAAGUUCCCGCUCGAAUCGCCUCCGUCUGGUUUCCCCAAAACCAGGUUUCAACCGCAACUUCCAUCGGUGUCUUCGGAAAUCAACUUGGGGUCGCUGUUGGUUUCGUUCUCCCUCCAGCUUUUGUUCCCGGCCCUCCAGAAGAAUACUGGCCGAAUGGGGUCGUACCUGAAGAUUGGUCGAACACGACCAAAUAUUCGGACGCGGCGGAGAAGACGGUGGAAGAUGUUGGGAAGCAGAUUUUGUUGAUGUUUGUUGUUGGAACUGGGCUUUGCGCGAUAAGUUUUCUCUCCAUCCUUGUCUUCUUCCGAAACGAGCCAGAUCGACCACCAUCUGAAGCUGAGGCUCUUCGUCGAGCAGAAAAUAUCACAAAAAACCACGGAUCAAAGGAUGCCCUCAAAGUCUACAAAAAAGCCCUCAGUGAUCUGCUCAAAAAUCGUUCUUACAUUUUUCUGAUGAUCUCAUACGGCAUUAAUGGCGGCUCGUACUACGCGAUUUCAACCCUUUUGCCGCAGCUGCUCGGGCCGAGUUUUGAAGACUCGAGUCUAUCGACUAGCGAGAAGGACACGCUGUUUGGCUGGAUGGGGCUUUGCUUCAUCGUGGCCGGAUUGGUCGGGUCGAUUUUGGGAGGACUGGCGCUCGAUGCGUCGAAAAAGUUUAAAUUGGUGACGAUGAUUACUUAUAUUGGCGUUUUGGGAACAUUUGCUGCUUUUGCGGGAAUUUUAGAUCUUUCAAGAAAUUGUGCUUUUUCAACUGAAUUUUUCUUUUGUGAAAUUUUCGAAAAACAAUUGAAUAGUAUUCCAACUGACUAUAUUCUCAUUUCGAUACUGGGAUUCUUCAUGACCGGAUAUCUUCCGAUCGGAUUUGAAUAUGCAGCUGAGCUGACAUAUCCGAUCGAUGAGUGCACCAGCUCUGGAAUGCUGAAUUUCUUCAUCGGGAUUUUUUCAAUGGGGCUUACAAUCGGUUGCCAAGAAAAUGUUCAAUCUUUACUCAGGGUUAAGGCUUUUGCAUAG